GACGUCCGGGGGCGCGCACGCUUCGGCCCGCGGUGCGCGCGCAGGUCGGUGCGUCGUUCGGGGGCGCGCUCGGGUAACCUGUACCCCAAGUAGUCGCCGGUUACCGAACGGAUUAAGUUCCAGUGGAGAUUUACAAGUCCAGUUAAAAUGUCCCCAGAAGUGGCCUUGAACCGAAUUUCUCCAAUGCUUUCCCCAUUCAUAUCUAGUGUGGUCCGCAAUGGAAAGGUGGGACUGGAUGCUACAAACUGUUUGAGGAUAACUGACUUGAAAUCUGGCUGCACGUCAUUGACUCCUGGACCCAACUGUGACCGUUUUAAACUGCACAUACCCUAUGCUGGAGAGACAUUAAAAUGGGAUAUCAUCUUCAAUGCCCAAUACCCAGAGCUGCCCCCCGAUUUUAUCUUUGGAGAAGAUGCUGAAUUCCUGCCAGACCCCUCCGCUCUGCAUAACCUUGCCUCCUGGAAUCCUUCAAAUCCUGAAUGUCUCUUACUUGUGGUGAAGGAACUUGUGCAACAGUAUCACCAGUUUCAAUGCAGCCGUCUCCGUGAGAGCUCCCGUCUCAUGUUUGAAUACCAGACAUUACUGGAAGAGCCACAGUAUGGGGAGAACAUGGAAAUUUAUGCUGGGAAGAAAAACAACUGGACUGGUGAAUUUUCAGCUCGUUUCCUUUUGAAGUUGCCGGUGGAUUUCAGUAAUAUUCCCACAUACCUUCUCAAGGAUGUAAACGAAGACCCUGGAGAAGAUGUGGCCCUCCUUUCCGUCAGUUUUGAGGAUACCGAAGCCACUCAGGUGUACCCCAAGCUGUACUUGUCACCCCGAAUUGAACAUGCCCUCGGAGGCUCCUCGGCUCUUCACAUUCCCGCCUUCCCAGGAGGAGGAUGUCUCAUUGAUUACGUUCCUCAAGUGUGCCACCUGCUCACCAACAAGGUGCAGUAUGUGAUUCAAGGAUAUCACAAACGAAGAGAGUAUAUUGCUGCUUUCCUCAGUCACUUUGGCACAGGUGUCGUGGAAUACGAUGCAGAAGGCUUUACAAAACUCACUCUACUGCUGAUGUGGAAAGAUUUUUGUUUUCUUGUACACAGUGACCUGCCCCUGUUUUUUCCUCCAGCAGUGACAUCUGAACCACGGUAGCACAGUAUCAACAACCAGGACUUUGACCUGGACACAUGGUUGAAACAAGCAACCCUAGCCUCUGCAGCUAACACAACCAGGUUCAUUUUUUGUGGUAUCAGUUCAGUGCUGGUCAUUGCUGGGUCAUCGGGGAAAGCAUCUGCCUCCUGCAGGCGUUCUAGGGCCUGGCUUCUCCCACCUCCUCCCUCCCCUCUGGGCUCAGCAGCCUCCCCUGCCCCAGGCCAGCAGGUCAGGGUUGAAAGGGCCAGGUUUAGAAGUUGCAUUUAUGCCUCCCAUCCAUAGUCCACUGCUCAUAUUCGGCUCCACCUCACUGCAGGAAGGCUGAGAAAUUUGUGUGGCUGUACCUGGACAGAAAAAACGUUUGAGGACCACAUAAACAAGCCUAGUCAUGGUAGUGUCGUUAGUUGUGGUAAUAGCCAGAAAAAAACAAAUGCUGACCGAUGAGACAAUGGAUAAAAUGUUAAACUCACCCCAUGGAAUGUUAUACAAUUGAGAAAAUGACAAAACUACAUUUACAAGCAGUAAAGACAAAAAUCUUAGAGGAAAAAAACUAAUGUUGACUGGAAAAAAAGCAAGUCACAGGAGAAUUUUUAUGUAGAAAGCUCAAAAACAAGCAGAACAAGGCAAUAUAUUGUUUGGGGAUGAAGAAACAGGCGUUAAAACCAUGUUUUUAUAAAACGAAGGAAUGGUGCAUCCAUCCUGGAGAGCAGUGGUUCUCUCUGAGGAGAGAGGCAGGGAGAUUCAUGAGAAACGGGGAGCCUUGUUCUGAGAGGGAGCGUGGAUUCACGCAUGUUCUGAUUUCACUGUGCUACAGAACUUAAGUGGGGGUAUCACAUUGCAUAGUAAUUUUUAAAAGAAUGAACUAGAACUCUAUAAUUAGUAAUAGUAAAAAGGACUCUUUAUUAGUUAUGAGAAUGUAGCAAGGAAUAGCCCUGUCACUUGAAAAGGUGACUCAUAUUAAUGGGUGCCACUAAUGCUGUGAAAGUGACCCACUUUGGGGCUGGGUCUGCCCAAGAUCACAGAUGUCGCUUGUCCUCGUUGUUUUGACCAGCCCCGGUGCACUGGUCAAAACCCAACCUGGUUCUCCACAGUUUCCCUAAGUUUCCUCUGCAUCCCCAUUAAAUCAGUGACUCGGUCAUCGGCAUACUCUUAGGGUGUAGUGUGACGUGAUGUCUACUGUAGAGAUUAUUCUCAGCAGAAAAAUCCUGCAAAGUUAUAUUGUAAUCCUUCCAGGGAAAGGCAGGUUUUAUACAUCUAAAUGUACUAAAUACUGUCUCUUUAAAAGUAUCUCAUACCUAGAAAGAUGCAACCGCAUCCAACAUUUCAGCAAAUAAAAGCAGAGGCUUGUAACAAACAG